AUGGGGCAGAAACAGAAAGGCAAGCAGAUGAUGAAGAAGAAGAAGCCAGAGGAAGAGCUGGAAGAAUUGAAGAGAGAAGUAGAACUCGAGGACCACAAGCUGACUCUUGAUGAAAUCAGCCUCAAGUACACAGUGGACCUCUCUAAGGGCCUGACCACAGCCCGUGCUGCAAAGAUCCUCGCUCAGGACGGGCCGAACACCUUGACGCCUCCGCCGACCACGCCGGAGUGGGUGAAGUUUUGCCGGCAGCUCUUUGGCGGCUUCUCCAUCCUGCUGUGGAUCGGGGCCAUCCUUUGCUUCUUGGCUUACGGCAUCCAGGUGGUGGUGGAAGAGGCCGCGCUCAAAGACAACCUCUACCUGGGGAUCGUUCUGACGGGAGUCGUCAUCAUAACUGGAUGCUUCUCCUACUACCAGGAGGCCAAAAGCUCCAGGAUUAUGGACUCCUUCAAGCACAUGGUGCCCCAGCAAGCCCUAGUGAUCCGGGGUGGUGAGAAGCUGCAGAUCAAUGCCGAGAAUGUGGUUGUGGGGGAUUUGGUGGAGAUUAAAGGGGGAGACCGGAUCCCUGCCGACUUGCGGAUCAUCACCGCCAGUGGAUGCAAGGUGGAUAAUUCCUCUCUGACGGGCGAGUCGGAGCCACAGAGCCGAUCCCCGGAUUGCACCCACGAGAACCCACUUGAGACACGCAACAUCUGCUUCUUCUCUACCAACUGCGUGGAAGGCACAGCUCGGGGCAUUGUCAUCUUAACAGGGGAUCACACGGUGAUGGGCCGCAUUGCCUCCUUGGCUUCUGGCUUGGAAGAGGGCCCUACCCCUAUCGCCAAGGAGAUAGAGCACUUCAUCCACAUCAUCACCACUGUGGCCGUCUUCCUGGGUGUGACCUUCUUUGUCCUCUCUCUCAUCCUUGGCUACACCUGGCUGCAGGGCGUUGUCUUCCUGAUCGGCAUCAUUGUGGCCAACGUCCCAGAGGGGCUCCUCGCCACCGUAACCGUGUGUCUAACCCUUACUGCCAAGCGCAUGGCUCGUAAGAACUGCUUGGUGAAGAACUUGGAGGCUGUGGAGACUCUGGGCUCCACUUCCACCAUCUGCUCAGACAAGACGGGCACCCUGACCCAGAACCGCAUGACCGUCUCACACAUGUGGCUCGACAGCCAGAUCCACGGGGCGGACACCACCGAGGAGCAGGCCGGGGCAAUGUUUGACAAGCGCUCACCGACGUGGACAGCCCUGGCUCGCAUUGCAGGCCUGUGCAACAGAGCAGACUUCAAGGCAGGGCAGGAGGAGGUCCCCACCGUUAAGAAGGAGACGACAGGGGACGCCUCUGAGUCUGCGCUCCUGAAGUGCAUAGAGAUGUCCUGUGGGCCUGUCCCAAAGAUGCGGGAGAGGAAUCCCAAAGUGGCAGAGAUCCCCUUCAACUCCACUAACAAGUACCAGUUGUCCAUCCACGAAGCUGAAGACAAGCCCAAGGGCCACCUCCUGGUGAUGAAAGGGGCUCCCGAAAGAAUCCUGGACUGCUGCUCCACCAUCCUUCUCCAAGGGAAGGAGGUGAACAUGGACAAGAAGAUGCAAGAGGCUUUUCAUAGUGCCUACAAUGAGCUGGGAGGGCUAGGUGAAAGGGUGCUGGGCUUCUGCCACCGAUACCUCCCUGAGCGCCAGUUUCCCAGAGGCUUUAAGUUUGAUGUGGAGAAGGUCAACUUCCCCAUCAACAAGCUCUGCUUUGUGGGGCUCAUAUCCAUGAUUGACCCGCCCCGGGCUGCCGUGCCAGAUGCCGUAGGAAAAUGCCGAAGCGCUGGGAUUAAAGUGAUCAUGGUGACCGGAGACCACCCAAUCACUGCCAAGGCCAUUGCCAGGGGUGUGGGCAUAAUCUCCGAGAUGAGCGAGACUGUCGAGGACAUCGCCGUCCGCCUCAACAUCCCUAUCAGUGAAGUUGACCCUGGAGAAGCCAAGGCCUGUGUCAUCCAUGGCUCUGACCUCAAGGACAUGACCUCUGCAGAUCUGGACAACGUGCUCAGAAACCACAGCGAGAUAGUCUUUGCCCGAACCUCCCCGCAGCAGAAGCUGAUUAUCGUGGAAGGCUGCCAGAGGCAGGGGGCUAUCGUGGCAGUGACAGGUGACGGGGUGAACGACUCGCCUGCCCUAAAAAAGGCCGACAUCGGCAUAGCCAUGGGCAUCGCCGGCUCUGAUGUCUCGAAGCAGGCUGCAGACAUGAUCCUCCUCGAUGACAACUUUGCCUCCAUCGUGACGGGUGUGGAGGAAGGCCGGCUGAUCUUUGACAACCUUAAGAAGUCGAUUGCCUACACCUUGACCAGCAACAUCCCGGAGAUCUCCCCGUUCCUACUGUUCAUCAUUGCCAGCAUCCCUCUUCCGCUGGGAACGAUUACCAUUCUGUGCAUCGACCUCGGCACCGACAUGGUCCCAGCCAUCUCCCUGGCCUAUGAGAGUGCAGAGAGUGACAUCAUGAAGAGGAAGCCGCGGAACUCGAAGACAGACAAGCUGGUGAAUGAACGCCUCAUCAGCAUGGCCUACGGGCAGAUCGGCAUGAUGCAGGCGCUUGCUGGCUUCUAUUCUUAUUUCGUGAUCAUGGCGGAAAACGGCUUCCUCCCGCUCACCUUGCUGGGGAUCCGUCUGGACUGGGACGAUAACACCAAGAAUGACCUCGAAGACAGCUUCGGCCAGGAGUGGACGUACAAUCAGCGCAAGGUAGUGGAACAUACCUGCCACACCGCCUUCUUUGUCAGCAUCGUGGUGGUGCAAUGGGCGGACCUCAUUAUCUGCAAGACGCGGAAGCUCUCCCUCUUCCAUCAAGGCAUGCGGAACAGGAUCCUGAUCUUUGGUCUCCUCGAAGAGACAACCUUGGCCGUCUUCCUGUCGUACUGCCCUGGGAUGGAUGUGGCCUUGCGCAUGUACCCGCUCCGGGUGAGCUGGUGGUUCUGCGCCUUUCCUUUCAGCCUGCUGAUCUUUGUCUACGAUGAGAUUCGGAAGUACAUUAUCCGCCAGCAGCCAGGCGGCUGGGUGGAGAGGGAGACAUAUUACUGA